AUGAAGGGGCUCGGGGUCAACCGUAACCGCCUCCUGUCCGACUCCUGCGACCCCUCCUCCUCUCACCACCGGGAGGCGCUCUACCCUCCCAAAAACGCCAUGAGCAGCAGUAGCACGCUCCCACGCGCUCCUUGUCUCCUCACGCCCGCGACCAUGGACCGCUACGGGACCUUGGACCCUCACCUCUACCCCACCAACCCUCCAGACUGCAUGCUCAACAACCAGAUGCCCAACAGCAGCACCUUCCCUGGGCUCCACUACAACCACUAUGACCCCCAAGACUUCUCCCCUCCUGAAAGCCUUGGAGGACUAACAAGUUCAGGGACUUCCAUGUCUUUGGGAAUGCAACCAGGAAUGGGCAUGUCCAGUUUACGGACUCCAAUGAUUACGAGCGGAUCUGCAACAAUUUCACACCACAUUAGCAAAAGUCAAAUGCCUCAAAGUUUGCUAGAAUUUGACAAAAAUCUUCCAGGAGCGAGGGAUGGUUUUAGCACAUUGCAAUUCCAUAGAACGACAGCAUUAGCAAACUCCAAACAGCGCACGGAUAGUCCAGGGAAGAUCCGCUAUAUGCUGAAUUCGGUCCAAAAACUGUUCAACAAAACGCAGUCCAUGGAAGGGCAUCAGGUGAAAAAUGUGAACGGAAGGUCGUCGGGGAGUGGAGGGGGAUCUUCUAGUGCGGAGGAUGGAGGGAAGCAGAGCCGGAGAGCAAAGAGCAAAGACCGAGGGACCAAAGAACCCAAGAGGCGCCCCAGGUCGAACAUGUCAGGAUACUGGAGCUCAGACGACCUGGACAGCAGCGACGUGAGCAGCUACCACCACACACUGGGCCGUCUGGGCACGCACGACGGGAUGCACAGCCCUCAGCAGAGGUACAUCCACAGCGGUUACAACACCAUCAGCUCGUCCAAAAGCAGCGGAGAUAUGAAGUUCUCCACCCUGGCAAGAGGGGAGGGGCUUGGGGGAGUGGGAGGACUGGGGACUCUGAGCGUCUCUGACCAGGACUAUGUCAAAGGAGGGUCCUGGUCCGCUCUCACCAUGGGCCAGCCACCGCGUCAGCUCCUCCAGCAGGGGGCGCACACACUGGAUCGCUCCAUGCUCAAGUCCAAAUCCUGCCAACAAGAUCUCAGCACCAACUACCUGCAGGUCGGGAGGAGGCACGACUGGAGCAGCAGCUUAGGCAGGGCCGGGGUUAUGGGGCGGGGCGUUGCCAUGGAGAUCCCGUGUCGGAGAAUGAGGAGCGGGAGUUAUGUGAAGGCCAUGGGCGACAUAGCUGACAGUGACGACUCCGACCUCAGCCCCAAACCCUCGCCCAAGAGCGCCGCCCGGAGGCAGAGCUACCUAAGAGCAACGCAACAGAGUCUGAGCGACCAACUGCCCCCGAGGAACAGGACAGUUGACUGGAGCUUUCUUCAUGGACACUCUCUGGAUGUGCUCUGGUCCCCGGUGCACCACAGCGCCCCCCUGUUGCAGCAGAUGGGCAGGUCCAUGAGCAGCUGUCUUCCAUCCCUCCAGGAGUUGUCCUCUAACCCUCCCCUGGAUCAGAUGCACUCGUUGGGGGGAGAACGUUUGGAUUCUCUGGGUGGGACAGUCUCUUCUGGAUGGGACGAUGAUGAUCUAAGAGAAGCCGUGAGCUCACUGGCCCGCCGCAGUGGCAUGGGACAGCUGCGGGGCAUGGACAGUGGACCAUAUGAGGACCACAGUUCUGAGUUCUCCUUCAGAGACGCUCAGGACUCGCCCCCCGACCUGCCCUCUGACUUCCCCCCUCACCUGCCUCCCGAUCUGCCCCGCCCCUCCUGCUUCCGCUCACGCAGCCACAGUUACCUGAGGGCGAUCCAGGCCGGCUGCUCCCAGGACGAAGACUCGCUGUCCCUAGAGUCCACAUCCCCACCCCCAACAGAGAGCAGUGUGAGGACCUACAGUACCAGUACAGAUGACCUCUCGGCUCAGUGGACUCAGUGGAAGUAUCAGUUUGGCUCAUACCUGAGGGCCACAGGUUUGGACAAAGCUCCUAAAGAGAAACAGCUGGCUGUGUUACUGCAGAGACUUGACCUGCACCUGCCCCAAAUUCUCUCUCUCUCUACAGUCUCCACCUGCGUCUCCACCUGUAAGCGCACCGCCCCUCCCCCCGUGCCCCCCCGCACCACCUCCAAACCUUACAUCUCUGUCACAGUCCAGAGCAGCACCGAGUCAGCCCAGGACACAUACCUGGAGGAGGAGGGUCUGCGGUCAGAGGUCACCAGCCAAUCCAGCCAGGCCCACAGUAACUCCUCCGACAGCCUGGACAGCACGCACGCUAACAGCCUCGCACGCAGCAUUAGACGACCUCCGCAGAUCACCGCUGUCGCCAGGGAAACCAGAGAAGCCAUCGUCCCCAACAAAUCCCACGCUGCCACGGAAACCACCGACUGUGACACGAAAGGAGCUAAAGCUAACAUGACGCUAACAGGAGCGGCUAAAACUAACACCACGCUAACACCAGAUGACCCGCAGGAGGCACCUGCCCCCAGGAGGAAGCUGUCCUCCAUAGGCAUCCAGGUGGAUUGUGUCCAAGAGUCCUCUGACCCCGUUCCUCGAGAGGACACGCCCCCGCUGAGCCGAUUCCAGUCCAUCGGGGUCCAAGUGGAGGACGGCUGGCAACUGAGUCGGUCCAGCAGCAUGACCAAACAGGACACUGACUCUGACACUCAGGAAGUCCCACUCCCUUUGUAUAAGCCCCAAUCAAAACCCUCAGAGAAGAAAGUGAUGGUCAGCUGUGGCAGCCAAUCAGUGGCUCAGGACUCUCUGGACCAGGAAGUGCCCACCCCCUCGACCCCACCCAUCACACGGCAGAUCCUCAACAGGUCUACCACCCGAAGCAGCUCCGACUCCUUCUCAGAGAGCUUAGAUCCUACUUUAGAUCCUACUCUAGAUCCCAGUCUGGACUCUGGUCUAGACCCGGCCUUGGACCCGUCCUGCCUGCCCCCUCCGGACCCGUGGCUGGAGAGUGGGGUGUCGGGGGGAGGCGGAGCAGCAGUCUCUGGGGGAAACCUGUGCCGACGUGAUGGGCAGUGGUUCCUGAAGCUCCUGGAGGCUGAGAGAGGACGCAUGGAGGGUUGGUGUGAGCAGAUGGAGCAGGAGACACAGCACCACCAGCUGUCAGAAGAAGUUUUGGGGAAAGUGCAAAGUGCAGUGAGCAGUGCUCAGCUCCUCAUGUCUCAGAAGUUCUUUCAAAUUCUACUGAAAUUCUUAAACAAAACAGACCCCCUCCUCUCGCCUCGCCCCUCCCCUCAGGACCUGGCCGGGUUCUGGGACUUGCUUCAGGUCUCCAUCGAAGACCUCAGCCUCAAGUUUGACGAACUCUACCACCUCAAAUCCAAUGAGUGGCAGCCCCUCGAGAGGAAGGACCUCCAGGAGAGGGCAACAGCAACGUUGAAGAAGCCUGUUAAAGUUCGCUCAUCUCUGGGUCGAGAGCAGAGCAGUGACCCCCCCUCCAGCUCCAGACAGGAAGCUCGCAAACGCCUCGUCGCUGCCAAAAAAUCCACAUCUUUUCGGCAAAACUCAGCGACGGAGAGUGCGGACAGCCUGGAAAUGUACGUCCCUGAGGCCCAAACUCGUCUCUGAACUGGAUCUAUACCCGCGUUUCGACCAGACUAAAUGGACCCAAAUCCUGGACUAAAACUGGACCAGGACUGUGGACUGUGGCACAUUUCUUAAACACUUUCUUAGUCUUAAUACUGACAUGGAGAAGCAAUCAGAUGCAUAUAUUUUGAACGUUUGAGGCUCAGAAAUUGAGUGGUUGGAAUAAAAGAAAGAGACAUUUUAAUACAUAUUAAAGUUUUAAAUAAAUGAUAAACUUUUGAUGCAGAAAUUCCUGGUCGGAUGCUGCCAAAGUUUCACUGCAAAUAGUAGUAUAUUCGCAUGAGAUGAAAUGACGAGAAUUCAGAAUUUUGAUCAUAAUUACAAGGCCCAACUGUAACUCUCAACUCUAUUUGUCGUAUAAAGUCUCUACAUGACUAUUGAUCCUUUGCAACUGAUGUCAUCAACAUUCCCUGGGGGUGUGAUGCUAACUGUAGGCACCGCUCUGUUUGAGACUUUGUUAGACUUUAAUCUGAGUUUUAACACAGUCUGACUAGAAAGAACUGACUUAGCUGACUUAACUCCAGCAGGUGAGCUGAUCUGUGCUGUUAAACAAGUCUCCUCUCAAACAACAUUACAGUCACAACCUAGAUAACUUUAGCCAACAGUUUUUUAGUUAGUCACUCUCAGCUUUUAAUUGAAAAUCAAACUCCUUUGGCAGAAUAGCAUUAACCAUGUGCAGUAAAAUGGAUUAUUAGUGACUCAUGAGAAUCCACCUUGAUGCUACAGUUAAUUGGGCAGGCAGACCAAUCACAGAGAAGCGUUGAGAUUUGUGUGGAAGCCAAAGGCAAAGCACCCAA